CGAUGGCGGUGGCGGUGGGACUUUUAAAUCGAAGCGCCGUCGAAUAAAAGGGUCGUCCUCUUGCCGGGGACCAUGAGCGCGGCCGUUUUCUUCGGCUGCACCUUCAUCGCCUUCGGGCCGGCUUUCGCGUUGCUGCUUUUCACCGUGGCCGGUGACCCACUGCGGGUCAUCAUCCUGGUCGCCGGCUCCUUCUUCUGGCUGGUGUCACUGCUCCUCUCCUCGCUGCUCUGGUUCGUCGCAGUCCAGCUCAGCAACAAGGAGAACGCCAGCGUGCAGCAUGGGCUGCUGAUGAUGGGGGCUGGGAUCUCCGUGUUGCUCCAAGAGGCCUUUCGCUUUGCAUAUUACAAGCUGCUGAAGAAAGCGGACCAAGGUCUGGCAGCGAUAAGCGAGGAUGGGAGAUCGCCCAUCUCGACUGGACAGAUGGCAUACGUUUCGGGUCUCGCCUUCGGAGUCAUCAGCGGUGCCUUCUCAGUCAUCAACAUCCUGUCGGACUCGCUGGGGCCGGGGGUGGUGGGGAUUCAUGGUGGCUCGCCCUACUUCUUCCUGACCUCAGCUUUCCUGACCAUGGCUCUCGUUCUCUUGCACACGUUCUGGGGGGUGGUGUUCUUCGACGCCUGCGAGAGGAGGAAGUGGCUGGUGGUGGCGACGGUCGUUCUUAGCCACGCACUGACGUCGGGCCUGACGUUCUUAAAUCCGUGGUAUGAGGGGAGCCUUGUUCUGAUUUAUGGCAUCACGGUUGGCACGGGAGCGUGGGCCUAUUUGACAGCAGGAGGUUCGGUGCAGAACAUCUGGCGCUGUGUCACAUGCAAGCAAGAACCUGACCCCCACGUUCUGGUCUAUUCAGCUCUCCAGCCUCCGGCUGAGGACUGAGAAUCAGUCCCAGCGUUCCCGUCCCUUCCGCUCGACCCACCCACCCACCUCCUCUCGGGCACUGGUGCCCAGCUCCCUUCGGAACGCCAAGCGAGCGCUGGACUCGGCCCGCAGUUAUCUGUGGCAUGUGUUGGGCAUAGUGGAGGGGCUGAACAUUGAUUACCUCAAACGACGACCUGGUCUGUCCACUGGAAGAAGAGAUCUGACUUCUCAAGGAAAAAAGCUGACUACUGAACGCAUUAUGGAACUUUUGAUUUUGAACUCCCAUCACGGUGCAAUACUAUAUUAGAGUGGAAGCGUAUGUGAGAUUUUUUUAAUAUAUAUAUAUAUAUAUAUAUAUAUAUUGUCCUCCCAUUAUUUCUAACCUCUCAGCGGGACUUUAAGCGACAGGUGAGGGGAUGGACUGUGUGUCUAGAGCUGCUCUACUCCGUGUUUUCCCACAGCACUUCGAUAGCAUUCCACUAAACCUAUGUAAUUUACUUAAACGCACCUCUCUUAUGACGAACUGCUGCUCCGCACUUGGCAGAGAGGGCCUCUGUUUGCAGUCAGCCAAUCUCUGGGAUUUAAAAAGGAAAAGGGAUGGGAAUUUCCACUCCUCCCUACCUUGUUAGGAGGCUACGUUUUUUCACCUCUUCAAAGUGUCCCCUUGUUUUUGGACAGUGGUGUGCUACAGAAUCCUUGAUGGAAUAUAAGAGCCAGAGGUUCCACUGCAUUGGAACCUGUGGCCACUGUUUCUCUCCCCUUACACGCUCUGUAGCCUAGCUUUAGGCACAGAGCAUAAAGAUCCUUCUGCUCUUGCCCCCAUCCCCAUGACUGUGUCUCCCCACGCCACGCCAGACCUCAGGCAACUUGGCAGCCUUUCGAUACCCUGCUUAUUGUGUGGAGCUCUCCGAGUGUGAGGCUGCCAGUGUCCACGCCCUCGUUGGCCCCCACAAUGGGGCUCGCCUUCAGAGUAAGGCUGGCCCAAACAGCUCGGGGAGGGGAGCGGAAAGCUUCGCUUCCCGUCAGCGCGAGCUGACAUUUAGGCCCAAGGCCGGGGAGGUGAAAGGUCACCGUAAAGCACGUCUCAAGCAGCUGCAGAUCCCUCGUCGCUUGAACGCGGCGUUUCUUAAACGCCCUCCUUCGGGUCGGGAUGUCGUCCAUAGUUCUCACGGAUUCCCCUCCCAAUAUAUUUUUUUUUUUCCCUCUUCCGGAUCCAACAAGGCUUGUGGCAGGCUUGGCGUAAGCAGCCUGUUCCCAACCUGGCAAUGAAGGCCCUAAAUGCAAGAUGGCUGACCAGCCUGUGGACUGAGUAUCCCAUCAGUCAGGUCAAAGGAAAUCUCUGAGGCCUGUAUAUAUAAAAAAAAAAUAAUAAAUUUCAAAACACAGCAAACUGAGCAUUUUUUUUAAUUAAAAAAAGGGUCCUUAUGGGCUGCACUGACGAAUUGCCUUAACACGAUCAAAAUGGCAGAAGAGGCGUCUGCGUAUUUGCCUGAAUAACGUGGGACUUGUAACAAGGUGAUUUGAUUCUGUGAGAGACGGUGCACGUAUAUUCUUAAAAUAGCAUUAAUAUUUGAUCUAAAAUACAAUAUUUUAGUUAUUUUA